AUGGACCCAAGUUGGAAAGAAACGAUUGUUGUGUUGAUUCCAAAAGUUAUGAACCCAGAUCAUCCCUCCAAAUUUAGGCCUAUUAGCCUUUGUCAAACAAUCUAUAAGAUUGUUGCAAAGGUUUUAGUUAACAGAAUCAAAGGAGUUCUGCCAUUGCUUGUUUCUGAUGAACAAGCAGCUUUUGUACCUGGUCGAUCGAUCUCUAAUCAUUGUUUACUUGGUCAGGAGCUGAUGAACAAAUUUAAAGUUUCAAAGUCAGCUUUGGGGUUAUUGGCUUUGAAAGUAGAUAUGGAGCAAGCAUAUGAUAAUAUUAGUUGGAGGACGUUGGAGCUUGUGCUAAGAAGAAUGGGUUUCCCUGCUAGAUUCAGCUAUUGGGGGUGCCCCUUGUCACCAUACUUGUUCAUCCUUUAUUCAAAGCUUUUAUCUGCCCAUAUUCAUCAGAACUACAAGAAGUUGGGUGUCCCAAUUUGUGGUGGGAGACCUCCUGUCUCCCACCUUCUUUAUGCUGAUGAUAUUUUGCUUUUUGCAGGUGCCACUAUUCCUAAUGUGAUUAAGAUUACUUCUAUAAUGGAGAAGUAUUGUUCUUGGACGGGUCAAAGAGUAAACAGAAGUAAAUCUGCCUUACUAUUCAGCAAAAUGACUUCUUCCUCUACUAAAUCACGGCUUUCCAAGAUGACUGGAUGUAGGAAGGUUGAAGAGAUGGAAUAUCUUGGAAUCAGAUUAGUGAGAAGAUUGGUGAAGAAAGACUUUGGCUCUUUGGUGCAGCAUGCUCAUACCAAAACUUUGGCAUGGGGAAUUAGACAUUUAUCAUUGAUCGAGAAGAUUUGUAGAAGUUUCCUUUGGGACUAUGAUUCCAAUCAUAGAAGUAUACAUUAUAUGGCUUGGAAAAGUGUUGCUAGGCCAAGGAGGUUGGGUGGUCUUGGUUUUCAAGCAAGUGAGGACUGGAUUGGGCCUUUAAGAGCUAGAAUAGCGUGGGACAUCAGUAAAUUGAUUGGUUUAUUUUAUAGAUUUAUGUCUGUUAAAUAUGGGAGAUGGCCGUGGACUACUGAUGUGAAGAGGGGUGACUCGGCUGUUUGGAAAUUGAUUUGUGAUGGUGCUAGAAGUUUGAGCAGUUGUAUAAGAUGGUGGGUUUGUAAUGGCAGGAGCAUAGACGUUUUGAAUCAUAUAUGGAUCUGGGACAGAUUCAUAGCAAGCUGGCCAAAGUUUUGUAACAUUGAAGAGGUUGAGAACAGGAUGGUUGCAGAUUUGAUGAUGCUAGAGGUUCUUCUUGUUGUCCCCCCCACCCCUAAAGGAUGGUUGAAGAUUAAUGUGGAUGGAGCUCUGCAAAGGUCUAAUGUUGGAGGCAUUGGGAUAGUUAUUAGAGAUAGUAUGGGCAAGUUGAUUGUAGCAGCCGGCUGGAGUGUCCUUCAUUGGGAUAGCACUCAAGUGGAGAUGAUGGCUAUUCAGUUUAUUGAAAAGCUUAUUGUGGAGUGGAUGCUUGAACUUAAAGGGGUCAUUGUGGAAGGUGAUAAUGCAAGUGUGAUUGAGUAUUUUCAGAAGUUUAAGCAUAACGAAUUAUGGAAGAUACACCCAGAAGAUGUGGACAAAUGGAGUUGGAUGAAGCUUUUACAACAAGUGUUGUUUAUACAUACUAACAGAAGAUUCAAUAUGGCAGCACAUUUUUGUGCUCAAGGAGCUUUAGAGGAUUCUUUCCUUUGGGAUAUAGAAGAUAGAAAUAUAUGUAGUCCUCAAGAAUUUUUUAAUAUUCUUGAGGAUGAUAGCAGCUCUCUCUCUUUAGAUUAG